AUUCGCCCGUUGCCGGAGACGUCAGCGUGUCCGCCAUAUUGAAUGUGUCAGCGCUGUGCCGUCAAAUCAUGCAAGUGAAGUUCCGAAAACCACAACUCAAAAAGUACACAAACUUCAUGCCUCUCAUUCACACACGAAUGUGUGCGGGAAACUAAUGAUUGGAGGAUUCUCCAAUCUUUUUCAGGCACUUUGUGGGUUUUUAUUACAAGAAGGAAGAGAAAAAAGGAAUCUUGGCAAAGAGAGGCAAAGGUACGAGUCGUCACGAUUUGUUACCCCGACCAAAACAUCGCAUUUGUUGUAAGUGCGUGUGAGAGAAGAAAAGAGAGAGAUCGGAAUAUAGCGUGUAGCAAAAUGUAGGCUUUCACGCCAAGUCGUUGACACAGUGGGAAUUCAAAACGCAGACAUAUGACAGAGUUAAGUUUCACCGCUAGCAUUAACGGCGGAAAAACAAAGGCGAGCCCAUCCCACAGAAAAAUGUCGCUCGCCCUGUUGCUCCGAGGAAUUCUGGGCAUCCAUUCACGAAUGACUUUGCGGUCAAAUUGAACAGUCCCUGGCAAUGCCACCUGCUGCUCCCGCUUCUUCAACUGGCAUUCGCUCAAAGUCGUGAGAAGGGAUAAGAAAGCUUUUGAAGAGGCCAGAAAUGUAAAGUGGGCUGAGGGGGGACGCAGGUGGCCUCCUCGCACAUCUUCACGAACAUCUUGAUGAGAAUUCUCCCAUGAGGAAGUGGACAGUCGGCUCUCCACGGUUCAAGUCCUUCUUCUGAACUGGCCAAAUGCCAAAGUCUGCGUGAGGCUGCUGGGUGUAGGGAUGCGAGAAGCGUGUGUUCUCCAACCGUUAACAUGCCAGCUUCACGGAAGACUCCGCUGAUUGGCUGCAGGCUACCAGUCCAGGGUGAGGUCGACGUUGCAGGUAAGCUCCACCUCACCUGUGCAUGCCUGCGUGCGUGCGUGUACGUGUUUGUUUAAGCACACAUGCUUAAGAUAUUCGUUCACUCUAUCCCUCUGUCUGUGACUCUAAAACCCUUUUUUGUCCGGCUGCAGUUUCAAUCAACGUCAGAAUAAUAAAAACAUAUAUAUAUAUAUAUAUAUAUAUAUCUCAUAAAAAAUAAGCAGUGGGAGUAUUUCAAAGUCCCGUUGCACAGCAAAAGUGUUCCAGCACAAAGGCCGACAGAUGCAACCUUCCGCAACAGGACAGGUUGGAAACAAAAAGUUGGACAUUCCGGAGGUCAAUCAAUCCAUUUGGACUUGUUUGUUAAUGUGUGAAUGAGAGACGUGAAGUUUGGGUUGUUGUUGUUGUUUUCGACUUUGAAUUGAAGCCUCGUUCGACUCCUUCCACGUCCAGUCCGGCAGGCACGACAAAACCUCUAGCUAUUUGGGCGCGCUAGAAGUUGAACCGCACCCUAAUCUGCGCCGGUUCCAACUUGUGCUGCAUUUCCACGCCAGCUACCGAGGAGAAUUUGGACGUCGCUCUGUUUUACUCGCCAAGGUAAACGACAAAAGGUUUUAUCGACGACUUUGUCAAAGCAACCGUGCUAUAUUAUAGAUUAGAUAUAUUGCUUCGCCGGCGGAUGUUGUUGUUGUUGGCGUUGCACUUUUUGUGUUUUGUCUGCAGCGACGCGUCACAUCUGGAAUCUGUUUCAAGACUUCGGAAGAGGGUUAAUCGGAACAUUGCUACACGACAGCUGCGUGUCGCGUGUACUUUGAUUAUCGCAUGCGUCUUCAAGUUGAUGUCGGUCGUUCUCGUCCGCUCGACAGGCAAGCACGCGCAUCAUGUCCGCGGAAAAGCGCACGUUUGAAAUGGCGAAAGAGGCCAUCCUGUCCCUGGGCGACCCCAGCACCCCGACGGACAUGAUCCAGUUCUACAACCGAUGGGCCGAAUUCUACGAGCAGGAUGUGGAGCUUAUUGAGUACCGCGCGCCCGCUCUGGCAGCGGAAGGAGUCUCCGCCCACUUCAGCGGCGAGCGCCGAGCGGCGGCGCCGGUGUUGGACGUGGCCUGCGGCACGGGCAAGGUGGCCAAGAUGAUGGAGCGGGAGGGAUUCCGGCACUUCGUGGGCGUGGACUGCAGCGAGGGGAUGCUGCGGAGCGCCCGACGCAGCGGGCUGUACCGGGAGCUCAAGGCGGCCGUGCUCGGAGACCAGCCGCUUCCCGUCCCGUCAGGUGAAUUUGAAGUCGUGAUUAUCGUCGGCGCGCUGAGUUCAAGUCACAUUUCGGUGUGCGUGAUCCGGGAGCUGUGCCGGGCCGCCAAGCAGGGAGGCCUCGUCUGCAUGACCGCCAAGUGUGACAGCGAAAACCUCGACUACAAGGCGGCCUUGGAGGGCGAGAUGAAGCAAAUGGAGGACGAGGGACUGUGGCGCCGCGUCGACGUGAUCCACGUGACCGAGUGGCAGCGAGGGGUGACCGACCACGAGAGGGGAUACAUCCCCGGAUGUGUGUAUCUCUUUGAAAAGCUCUAAGACACGGCGGUGGAACAGUACGAUGUCGAUGUAUACACACAUAGGACAGAAGGCCAACUUGUAUGUCCGUAUGUCGUACACCUCCACCGUACGUGUCUGAUUAGCGCAUCUCUUGAAGAAACUGUGACUGUGAUGCAGCGCGUGAAUAAAUGUCAGUCCAACCCA